AUGGCGACAGUUGAGAGCAAGAGUCCAAUUGACGAUGUAGAAAAAGCGCCUAGCGAAGCAAGCGAUGAGGAGAGAAGACGCGAAUUCCUCUCGUCGUUCACGCCGGAGGAUGACAAGCGGAUUAUGAACAAGGUCAACAGGCGGUUUCUCUGGCUGAUCGGCGUUAUUUAUGUUAUCAAGACGAUCGACUAUACCAAUGCCGCAGCCGUCAAGGUACUGCAGGUCGGUGAAGAGCGCAAUGUGCUGUCGGAGCUGAAAAUGACCACGAACGAAUACAACUGGGUCCAGUCGAUCUACUUUAUAAGCUACAUCGUGUUCGAAGUUCCCAGCAACCUGCUGCAGAAGCGGCUCACGCCGCGUCUCUGGCAGUCGCGGAUCAUGCUUACCUGGGGCAUCGUCCUCGCUUGCCAUGCAGCUGUGCAGAACAAGCACGCGCUCUACGCCCUGCGUUUUCUUCUAGGGUUGUGCGAAGCUGGCAUGUUUCCUGGUAUUGCGGCGCAGCUCUGCGGGUGGUAUCGCAGCGACGAGAUGGCGACGCCCAUCAUGUGGAUGUUUGGGUUCCAGAAUACAUCAGGGAUUAUUGGGUCGCUCAUUACUUAUGGCAUCUCCUACAUGAAUGGGUUACAGGACUUGAGUGCCUGGCGAUGGGUAUAUCUCCUAGAAGGCCUCUUCACCAUCGCCUUCUCCGGUGUAAUCUUCCUCGUCCUUCCGGACUGGCCUAAAUCAGAGCGCACGAAAAAGUGGCUCACUGAGCGAGAGCAGGAAUAUGUGGAAACACGCCUGUCCGAGAACGCUCCAAAGGAAAGUGACGCCAGUUUCGACAAGGGCGAGGUGAUUGCAGCUCUGAAGGAUCAGAGGACUUAUUCGUUCAUGAUCUCGCAGAUCCUCAUCAACUUUGCAGGAUACGCAUUGAGCUGGCAGCUGCCUACCAUUACGACAAGUCUUGGCUUCGCAGGUCUGCCGCGAAACCAGCUGCUCAAUAUUCCUCCAGCCGCGGCGUCGGUUCUUGCCAUCAUCUUCUCUGGAUGGUUCCUGAAGAGGGCGUAUAUGACUCGACCAGCGUAUAUCAUGUCCGUGAUCAUUGGGCCGAUGCUGCUCUUCUUCAUCCUGUUGGCGGUUCUGGACAACAAAGUCGGAAUAUACAUCGCCUGCGUCUUCGGGACAAUGUUCUAUGCAGUCUAUUUUAUCCCUUUCUGGGCUUGGCGGAGUUCGUCCCUGAAAGGUAUGACCGGAUCUGCAUUCACACUCGCCUUCCAGUCCUGUGUUGGCCAAGUCGGCGGUGUAAUUGGGCCACAGCUCUUCCAGUCGCGCUUCGCAUACAACGGAUACAAGACGCCAUUUGCGAUCUGCGCCGCCGUGGUUGGGGUGGCAUGGUUGACGAAUGGGUGGACGUGGUGGCUGACGCGGAACGUCGAGUACGAUGUCAUGCGCGUAAGGCGGUUGCGGAUCAAGGAGGAGAAGCAGGGCCGGAUCUACGCCGGCGAGGAUGUCCAGGUCUAUAAGGAGCGGCAGUUCUACGAUGGGAUGGGGAGGAAGAAGGAGCAGCUGGAGGUGUAG